AUGUCGAUAAUAUCAAAUCUCCGAAACGAAAUCUUGUCUCGAGUAGACUGGACUCUAAUAUUCGCUGUAAUAGUCUUUGUUUAUAUCUUUAAAACAUACCGAUUAUACUUUACAACACGCAAGAGCCGCCCACCUGGUCCGAUCCCUCUACCAAUCAUCGGCCAUUUACAUCACGUUAUCGGUAAUGUGGCCGACAAGAAAUCACAACUCAAUGACAAAUAUGGUGAACUUUGUGAAAUUACCAUGUUUGGCUAUCGUUGUGUGAUCAUCAGCAAACCCGAAUACCUCAAGGAACUCUUUAGCCCAAACGUUUAUUCUCCAUUUUUACGACGACUGCCGGUCAGCGAAGGCUUCAAAGCCGUGGGAAUGGACUGCGAAGGUCUAUUGCUCAAUCACGAUGUAGACAAAUGGCGACACAACCGAAAGUUUUUCACAAAAUCACUAUCCCCACCAUCGUUUAUUAAACUCAGUGUUAAAUAUACCGCUGAAGCAUGCGCCGAAUUAACCAAAUAUUGGGGUACAUUGAAACAUGACCGAAUGGUCAGACUAGACGAAUGGUAUCGUGCAUUCACCAGUGACAUGAUGGGCUUGGUUGCAUCAGGUGCAAAAGAAGACUCGAUGCGAAUCUAUUACGAGAAAUUACAUGGCUUGAAAGGUCAAGGAAAACAAACCAAAUCACUCAGCCGCGGGGAGCAAUAUCGUCUCCUUCGAACCGAAUACCCGGACGCACUUGCCUUUUUCAUUUUCGUGCCAAAAAUUCUGUGGUCUCUCCCAAUAAUACGAAACCAGGUUCAACGUUAUCGCAAUGUUCUCGACAAUCUCACAAGCUUUGAGGUCGAUUUUAUCAACAAACGCAAGGAAUCGCUCCAAAAAACGGAUCAAAAAGACAACGAGAAAGAAAGCGUACGAGAUGAUUUCUUAACAAUGCUUCUAACUCAAAACGGUGAAACAGAUUCUUCAGCGGAUAUCAUAAAACAAAACAUUCGCGAAAUGUUUAGUGCUGGUACUGGCACUACCACAAGUGCUCUUUGCGCCGUGGCUUAUUUGCUUGCCAAGAAUCCCGAAUGCGAAGAGCGCAUGGUCAACGAGUUGUUCAGUGUCCUCGGGAAGGAUAGAAAUAUCGAACUUGCUGAUCUCUCCAAGUUGACGUAUACCGAGAUGGUUAUUAAUGAGACGAUGCGAUUGUAUCCCGUGGUGCCUCUUACAUACCGAUACAGUCCAAAAACCGAACUUAAAAUUGCGGAAUAUGUCUUUCCAGCCAACACAAUUUUCACCAUCAAUCUUGCUCAUAUGCACCGAAAUCCUCGAUACUUCCCUAAUCCUAACGCAUUCGAUCCUGAGAGAUUUGCUGGUAAUUGGAAAGAGCGAUAUCCUCAGUAUGCAUUCUCACCUUUCGGUCAAGGAGUAAAAGCAUGCCCUGGCAGGAACUUUGCAAUGGCAGAGAUGAAGACUAUCCUGGCUCAGGUAUAUCGCAAGUAUACGUUCAAGCUAGUCAAACCCGAUGAGCCACUUCACUUUAAGUUCUCGUUGGUCAAUGAUAUUAGUAAGUUAGAAGCAUAUCUCGAAGAACGCAAGGUUUAA